AUGAACUGUAAUUUAUAUUAUAUAAUGCAUUUUUAUAAGCUAUUGAGACAUAUUAAUCUUUAUUAUAAUAUUUCAGGUUCUAAAAUGAAAGCUAAAACUAAAACAAAGAAAAGUGAUCGGAAAUUCACUCGACAUAAACUUACGCCAAAAGAUUCGCCUCAAAUUGAAACUCCUAUUUGUGACUUCUCGAAUUUAUGUAAACCUAUCGAUACAAGUUUAUCCAAUUUAGUUCAAGUAACAAAAUUGUUAGAAACUGCAAAUGAUGAAAUUAAAUAUAUUCUCACUUAUGAAUGUGAAGUUAUUUAUGAAUGCAAAAUAUGUCGAAGUUUAUUUAGAAGUUUAUUAAACUUUAUUUCACAUAAACGAAUUUAUUGUCCUGAAAAAUUUAACAUUUCAAAUAACAAAGAUGUCAUAAAUCCUCAAGUUAUGGUCGUUGAAAAAUCUAUUGAUUCUGAAUGUGAAGAAAAUUAUGAAGAUCAAAAAUCAUCCAAAAAUGAAGCUCUCAAUAGGAAAUUUAGUAAGAAGGAUUUAACAUCAGUGAUAACAAUGUUACAGAAAAAACAAGCAGAUCCAAAUUAUAAUGACGUUGAAGAAAAAAAUCGUCGAACUCGUAUUGUAGCAGAUACUGAACAAGUACUUUUAGAAGUUUUAGAUUCUAAUCGAGCUGCUUUUCAAACUGUCUUAGAACCAAAGCUGUCAAAUAUUGCUUCAAACGAUCUAAUGAAAGCUCAGACGAUAGAAUUACAAAAUAUAUUAAAUCGAGAUACAGCUGUACUUGGUCCAGAUGGGUCCAUUGUGGAGUUUAGGAAUGAUGGAAAAGUUGACAAUAAAGACAUUGAUAAAGUGUCAAACCAUAAUCUCGUGUGCUCAACAUGUAAUAUCAAAUUUGCAACCAAAAAAACAUUAACUUUUCAUAUAAAAUCACUUCAUACUCCUAAUCGACUUGUCUAUCCUUGCCCUUGUUGUCCAAGUUUAUUUCCUAGUACAUGGGGCGUUUAUCGGCAUUUAGUAAAAGUUCAUCGAAAAAGUAAUGCUCAAGUCCGAAAGUUACGAUCAGAGAUUCAAACAAAAGCAUACUUGAAAGAAACUACUCGUGCUCAAGACAUUGAUAAGGAUUGUGCUAAUAAUAAAUUGAAUAAUUCCAAAGAAUCUCGACUAAUGAAUGAAACUCAGGAAUGGAUGACACACUUGGAAUCAGAUACAGAGCUUCAAAGAUGUGGAGGUUGUAACAAAAGAUUUGACAGAAAAGCGGCAUUGUUAGCACACUCUCAAAUUUGUCAAAGACGUCAAGCUGUGUGUAGUGAUGUUGCGAUUAGAUCUAAACGCAAUAAAAUUGCUUCUGAAGCAAAUACUGAAAAAAUAAGCACGUUGACUGAAGUUUCUAAACCAACUAAGGAGAAUCUACAGAUACCAAUCAAAAAAAUGUCUAUGGAAUCAGAAUCACGAGUAAUAUCAUCCUCAGUAAAUUCCACUAGCUUAUUAAAUUUAUCUAAUAUAUCGCCUGCUGUUUCAAUAACUCGAUUACCUCAGCAACAACAGGCUAAUGAAAUUAGAGUGGAAGGUAUUGCUAGUCUUAGCAAAGAUGCGUGGGAAAAAAUUGGAGAUGAAACAUCUAAAUUAAGAGUUGAUACUAGUGUUGACGUCUUGACAAUACCUUCUGAAGCUAUGCCAACAAAAAUAUCUCCAAAUGAUAGUGUAUCAGAUGAUCCAGAGAUUAUAUUUACCAAUAUUGAGAAACCGCCUAGUAUUUUAAAAAAUAAAGGCAGCAAAAAAAGAAAAAUGGGAAAACGAAAUACUUCAAUAGAUUCUAACAAAAGAAUUAACUUAUUGGUGCAAGAAAAUACUGAGAAAAUGAACUCGGCAAAAAUACUAUCAAAAUCAGAUACAAAUUUAGAUGAAAAAAUAAAUUUUAUAAGUCCUCAAAAAUUUGAAUGCAUACCGUGCAAACUUACAUUCUCCAAUCUUACACAUCUACGAAGGCAUAUGACUGAGCAUAUGGAUUGGUACCGUUUUAGAUGUAAAUUAUGUGAAUUUAAAUGUUUUAAUAAGAUCGAUUGUGUUACUCAUUGUAAUAAAAUUCAUAACGCUAAAAAUAGUCGAAUGAAUAUUGAAAGUAUGAUAAUAGAAUCAACAUUCAAUGAAAAAUCUACAAAUUCUUCAAGAAGUUUAUUGAAAAAAUGUCAUGUAACUAUACCAGUAAUUCAAAACGGUAAUAAUUCUACAGAUGAAAACGAUAGCUGUAGCGUUAAAUCUUGUGAAGAAUUACCUGACGAAAAUAGUGAGAUGGUUAAAAAAGCCAAGUUAGGGGAAGACUCAGAACUGCGUCGAAUGGUUAUGGAAGUGAUAUUUGGUUCAUCUGAAACAGUAAAUGAAGAAGAACCUGGAAGUAGUACUGAAAUUGAGGAAAUUCGAGAUUGUAAAAAAAACAGUAAAAUGCCUAAUAAAACAUAUUCAGAUCAUGAAGAAAAUAGCUUGAAUCAUAUAGCAACAAUGAAAUUAUCAUCAAAUCACAAUAGGCCAUCUCGUAACAGCAGAAAUCGUACGAAACUCGAAAAUAAAAAUUUCAUUUAUGAUUUAGAUGCAGUUCUCGUUAAAGAUACUGCUACAGACGGAACAGGAGUCAUUGUAGAGGACAAUAAAACAAGUACGAAUAUUAUGAACAAUGAAUCCGAUUCAGAAAGUGAUCUAUCUGUUGUACUUUAUCGAGAUAGAAGUAUUGUGAAAACUAAAUUAGAAAAGGUUGCAUAA